AUGGUGUUCGGCGCGCAGGCCACCGAGAAGGCGCCGACGAUCGGCGCGCGCCGGCCCAUGACGGCCAGCACCAUCGACCGCGCGCCACCCGCACAAACAAGCGUCGCGCGGCCCGAGUCCGCGUGCUUUGCCAAGCUCCGGUGUCACAUGGCACGCCGUCCACCACCGCCGCACACGCUAGCGCGGGCGGCCGAGCACCAAGCGGCGUCGCAAGCCUACCUGCGGCGGUCGGCGGCGAAGAAGAAGCUCGACGACCAAGCGUUCGCAGAGCAGCUCCACCUCGAGCAGCAACAGAUGAAAGACCGGCUCAUCACCAAGAUCGAACAAGCCAACGCACGGACCAAGUACCUUGACACCGACCGCGUUUACUCGCUCGUGCAGGAUGUCUAUGGGCAGUAUGCAAUUGGUGCACAGCGAAGUGGUGAUGCCCGCUUCCGCGUCCUCGACCUCGAUGUCUUUGAACGCGAGUAUCGGCGGCUCGUGACCACGUCGCGCCUCGAAGCUACCGGCAGCUGCGGGGACUUGACCGUCUUGCGGCGCCAUCCUCCGCACAGCGACCACAUGCGCAAGUCGCUGGUGCACAUAAUGAAUGCCACGACGCAGCUCGCCGAAGCGCUCGACGAACAGCUCCUCGCGAUGCAGCGCAAGGGCUGGAACACAUCGGCCAUGGGACAUCAUGAAUCGUAG